AUGUCAGAGACAAACAAAAGUUUUAUUACAGAGUUUGUGAUUGUGGGGUUCCCUGGACUUGACCCACACUACUAUGGCAUGGUGUCAGCCCUUCUGUUUAUUGUGUAUUUGGCCAUCUUAGGUGGAAACACUGCUUUUCUUGUAGUGUUUGCUACUGAGCAAGGACUUCACAAACCAAUGUAUUUCAUUAUAUUAAAUCUUGUACUGUCUGAUAUAUUGUUUAGUACCACUACUUUACCCAAGAUCAUCGCCAAAUAUUGGUUUAAAGCAGGAACUAUUUCCUUCACAGGCUGCUUUGUCCAAAUGUUUUUUGUGCAUUAUUUUGGCUCAAUUAAUUCAUAUAUUUUGUUAAUAAUGUCUAUUGAUCGCUAUGUAGCAAUCUGCUUUCCACUUAGGUAUCCUGUCAUUAUGAAAAACUCCACUUUUCUCAUCCUCAUUAUCACUGCAUGGCUGGUAUCAAGUACUGGAUGCCUAAUGAUGGUUAUACGAGCAUAUCCUCUACCAUAUUGUUCUUCUAAUACAAUCAUUCAUUGUUUUUGUGAUCACAUUUCUAUUACCAGACUUGCUUGUACUGACAGGACCCCCUAUGCAAUACCAGCCCUUAUAUCAGCAAUGGUAGUGUUACUGGUACCCCUUGCUUUUAUAAUUUUCUCUUACCUCUCCAUUAUUGUGGCAGUUAUGCGCAUUUCAAGUACCAAAGCACGAGUUAAAACCUUUUCCACCUGCAGUGGUCAACUCACCAUCAUUGCACUUUAUUAUAUUCCUCGGAUUUUUGUUUACAUGUCCUCCAGUGUCUUUGGUAUCAAGUUCAAUACAGACCUGCGACUUACUAUUAUUCUGCUGUAUAGUCUUUCACCACCCAUGCUUAAUCCACUGAUAUACUUUCUAAGAACAGAAGAAAUAAAAAAAAUACUGAUAACAAGACUUUCCCGUCUGAAGAUUAGAGCUCAUUCAGACCAAUAAU